AUUUAUGAAAUUCAUUAUGGCGCCGUCCAUUGAAAGAGAACUUGAAUUUGAAACAUCAUGAUCAUUUAACAUGGACAUUUUUAACUUAGAAUCUCUGUAACAAAACAUGACAUCAGAGAUUAAAAUAACACCAUUAGGAGCAGGGCAAGAUGUUGGAAGGAGCUGCAUUUUACUCACCAUUGGUGGAAAGAACCUGAUGUUGGAUUGUGGGAUGCACAUGGGGUACAAUGAUGAACGCAGAUUCCCAGAUUUUUCCUACAUCACCAACGAAGAGAAUGAGAGAUUGACAGAACACUUGGACUGUGUCAUCAUCAGCCAUUUCCAUCUUGACCACUGUGGAGCUUUGCCGUACAUGUCAGAAAUGGUUGGCUACGAUGGACCAAUAUACAUGACCCACCCAACAAAGGCCAUUUGUCCUAUACUGCUGGAAGACUACAGGAAAAUCACUGUGGAACGAAAAGGAGAAGAGAAUUUCUUCACCUCAGAGAUGAUUAAAAACUGCAUGAAGAAAGUUGUUGCUGUUAAUUUACAUGAAACAAAACAGGUUGAUGAGGAGCUGGAAAUCAAGCCUUAUUAUGCAGGUCAUGUUUUAGGGGCGGCCAUGUUUCACAUAAAAGUAGGCCAGCAGUCAGUGGUGUACACAGGAGACUAUAACAUGACCCCAGACAGACAUCUAGGGGCAGCCUGGAUUGACAAGUGUCGCCCUGACCUACUCAUUACAGAAUCAACAUAUGCCACAACAAUUCGAGAUUCCAAACGCUGCAGAGAAAGAGACUUUUUGAAAAAAGUUCAUGACUGUGUGGAAAAAGGUGGAAAGGUACUUAUUCCUGUAUUUGCUCUGGGCCGUGCUCAAGAAUUGUGUAUCCUACUGGAGAGUUACUGGGACAGAAUGAACAUUAAAGUUCCCAUUUAUUUUUCACUGGGUCUCACUGAAAAGGCCAACCACUACUACAAGCUGUUCAUCACGUGGACGAGUCAGAAAAUUAAGAAAACCUUUGUACAGAGGAACAUGUUUGAAUUUAAGCACAUUAAGCCGUUUGACAGAGCCUAUAUAGACAAUCCAGGACCCAUGGUUGUGUUUGCCACCCCUGGAAUGUUACAUGCUGGGUUGUCUCUACAAAUCUUCAAGAGGUGGGCACCAAAUGAUCACAACAUGGUGAUUAUGCCAGGAUACUGUGUAGCAGGAACAGUGGGACACAAAAUUCUCAAUGGAGCUCGUAAAUUGGAGCUAGAAAACAAACAAAUUUUGGACGUGAAGCUUUCUGUCCAGUACAUGUCCUUUAGUGCUCAUGCUGAUGCCAAGGGGAUCAUGCAGCUUAUUUCUCAGUGUGAACCCAGGAAUGUCAUGUUGGUCCAUGGAGAGGCUGCAAAAAUGGACUUCCUGAAAAACAAAAUCCAACAGGAAUUUGGGAUUGAUUGUUACAAACCAGCCAAUGGGGAAACUGUUACCAUAGAAACAAUACAUAAUAUCCAAGUGGAUAUACCACUGCCUUUGUUAAAGAGGGAAGCAUCAAAAACAGGAUUACUCCCUCCUGAUGUCAAAAGACCAAGAGUUUUGCAUGGUGCUUUAGUCAUGAGAGGAAAUAGGCUCCAGAUAAUUGACCCCAGCCAAGCACUGAAGGAGAUGGGGGUAGAUGAGCACCACCUAAGGUUCACUUCCACCAUUGCAAUAGAGGAGGAUGGACCCACCAACAAGGCCGCAGAAAAAAUAUAUCAGCUUGUCAAAAGGAAGAUGAAAGAUUUUCCAAUUCAUUACUCUUCUGAUGGUUCCAUUUCCAUCUCGGACUCUGUCCUGAUCCAGGUCUCGGGGGAUGAUGAUGAGGCCAAGUCUGUUCUGGUGUCCUGGUCUCAUCAGGAUGAAGACAUUGGGAGCUUUCUUCUUCAGUUGUUAAGAGAAGACCCAUCACUGGUACAGGCAGUAUGAAAGCAUGUGCCAGGAUUAGCAUAAUGAUUGUAGUGCAAUGUAAAGAGUAUAGCGUUUUCAGCCAAGAUUAGCCAUGACUCGAUAUUACUGUGAAGUAUGCCUAUUUUUCAAGGAACCUGUACUUUUUUCUGAUGAUAUUCAAUGAAACAGGAGUUUCGGGGAUUAUCAACAUUGCAUCCUCAAUUUUCUCCUGUAUACAGAAUUGUUGAGAUGGAGGAAAUUGAACAUUUUUGACUACUAACACAUCUAUAGUGAUCUCUGAGAAGACUGUGUGUACAAUUUAUUUGAUUGUUUUGUUGAGAAAUCAGUACUGUAUGAAUUGUGGAUUUGUCAGUGAUUAAUCUGUAGGUCAUAUUGUGUGACCAAAAACUAAAGCAAGUAUGCAAGAUGGAGCAUUAAAACAUUGGGAAUAUC